AAUUUCAGAAACUUCAGGAACUUCAUCGAUUACUCUCGUGCUAACGGCAACCGUCAAUCAUCUCACUCACUCUUAUUAACUCCGGCAGUCCCACCGUCACCGUUAGAAUCACCGGCGUACGAUCACAGAUUUCUUCAAAGAAACAAGGAAACAACAACAUAUAUGCGCGGAACAGCUGCAUUAUCCCGGGCAAAGAAUACAUUCAACAACAUUAAUCCUGUAAAACCAUCAUGGGUCGCCACGUUGACACCAAAGAAGGUAAAGGAUGAUGGGUUUGAGAAGACACAAGAGAUGAAGAAGGAGGAGGUUGACCCGAUUGUUACUUUCAGUAAGCCGCCACCGGUUCCACCGGUGCUUGGGCCGCUUGUUCUUCUGUCGCUAUGGGAAACAUGGUCAACCCGAGAUGAUAACUGAGAGGUGAUGUUUUCUAAAUGUUCAUAUACUACGAAAUAUGUUUUGGUUUUGUUGUAUGAUCUGGACUUAAGAGUGUACUAGAAUCUUUAUCGGACUUAUGAGUGUACUAGAAUCUUUAUUGAUAUAGAUGUACUGUAAUUAUGUUUUUUUUUUUUUUUCGAACAGCAAAUGUACUGUAAUUAUGUAAAGUGUAGUAAUAAUGGUACAAUGUUGUGAACCCAAACAGUUUUAGAGGAUUAAGGUUAGAGUUGUAUGAUACAUAGAAAAAACAAAACAUUUUGGAUCCG